AAAGCGGCAAAGGCACAAAAAGUUAACUACUUGUACACAAAACACAUACCAGUUCUCCCUCUCUCACUACUACAACUCUACAAGGCUCACUCUUUCUCUCUCUAGAUUUCAGCUGAAACGACAAGGAAGAGAUCUCUGCAACUUGACCAGAAAGUAAGGAAUUCAUGGAAAAACUCAACUCUAGGGUUUCUGAAAAUUCUUGACCAGCUCGUUUAAGGUCAUUCGAAGUUGAUUUCUGAGUUCUUUUGAUUUUUAUAGCUUAGUUACAAAGCCGUAAAGGUUUCUUGAAUCUUGAUUCUAUUCUUGGUUUGGCUGCGAAUGAUAAUAGAUAUUAGUUCAGACACAGAAGCAAAGCAUUUUGGAGCAUGUGUGACUGCCAAGUUAUGUUGCUUCUUCAGCUCACCUAAUGGUUUUGGAUUUAUGUGAAAAAUAUAUAUCAGUUUUCUUGUUAGAUAAAUGGAAGGGUUGGGACUUUUCUUUUGUUUGAGUACGAUGUCUAGUGAUUCUUGAUUUUCUUGGUAUUUGGAUCAAUUCGGAAGGUUGGAAAAUUCGUUGGUUUGAGGGGAAAUAAAUAGUUGUGAUUGUGACUUGUUUGUUCGUUUGUUGAUUUUCCUGGAAAGUGGGAAAGAAAAUGUGGGUGAGAAUUUGAGGGGGUUUAGCCUUGAAUUUGGGGAAAAGAAGCAACCUUUUGUAUAAUUUUUUAAUUCCCUUUUCUUUUGGGGUGAAAAAAUGGUGGAAGGAAGGAGGCGGAGGAGGAUACAUUUUAGCAAGCUUUACUCGUUUUCGUGUAUUCGAUCGCAGUCGGGAGAUAGUCAUGAGCAAAUUGGGCAAAGAGGGUUCUCAAGGGUUGUGCAUUGUAAUGAUCCUGACAAUCCAGAGGCCAUUCAGAAUCAGAUGAGAUAUAGAGGAAACUAUGUGUCAACAACCAAAUACACGGCGAUCAAUUUUCUUCCCAAGUCUUUAUUUGAGCAGUUUAGGAGAGUAGCCAAUAUAUACUUUCUUAUCGUAGCUUGUGUUUCAUUUAGUCCGCUAGCACCUUAUUCAGCAAUCAGUGUUCUUGCUCCAUUGAUGGCAGUGAUUGGAGCUACCGUGGUCAAGGAAGCCGUGGAAGAUUGGAGGCGAAGAAAACAAGAUAUAGAGGCAAAUAACCGAAAGGUAAAAGUGUAUAAGAAUAAUGCAAUCCACGAGACCAGAUGGAAGAAACUCCGAGUUGGUGACAUUGUGAAGGUGCAUAAAGAUCAGUACUUUCCCGCUGAUCUGCUUUUGCUUUCAUCAAGCUAUGAAGAUGGCAUUUGUUAUGUUGAAACUAUGAACCUUGAUGGAGAAACUAACUUGAAGUUAAAGCAUUCGUUGGAGGUGACAUCCAAUCUUCACGAGGAAAAAUCCUUAAAGGACUUUACAGCAGUAAUCAAGUGUGAAGAUCCCAAUGAGAACCUAUAUUCAUUUGUCGGAACUCUGUACUAUGAUGAUAAACAAUAUCCACUAUCCUUGGAACAGAUUCUCUUAAGAGAUUCAAAGCUUAAAAACACUGAUUACGUUUAUGGUGCUGUCAUUUUUACUGGGCAUGAUACAAAAGUGAUGCAGAAUGCAACAGACCCUCCUUCCAAGAGAAGUAAAAUUGAGAGGAGAAUGGAUAAGAUAAUCUAUAUUCUCUUCAGUUCUCUUAUUUUUAUCUCUUUUAUUGGAUCUGUGUUUUUCGGGGUUGAAACUAAAAGAGAUCUUGACGAUGGAAAAUAUAGAAGGUGGUAUCUUCAUCCAGAUGACACUCUUGUGUUCUACGACCCCAGAAGACCAUUGCUUGCCUCUUUUCUUCAUUUCUUGACGGCCCUUAUGUUGUAUGGAUAUUUGAUACCAAUAUCACUGUAUGUUUCCAUUGAGAUUGUGAAAGUAUUGCAAAGUAUUUUCAUUAAUCAUGAUCAAGAUAUGUAUGAUGAUGAAACAGAUAGGCCAGCUCAUGCUCGCACAUCUAAUUUAAAUGAGGAACUUGGUCAGGUUGACACAAUACUUUCUGAUAAAACUGGUACAUUGACAUGUAAUUCAAUGGAGUUUGUGAAAUGUUCAAUAGCCGGCAAUACAUAUGGUCGUGGUAUGACAGAAGUGGAGAUAGCACUGGCAUCCAGGAGAAGGGGUGGACUGCCUGAAGCUAAUGAUACGCUAUCUGAUAAUCUAGGGCAUAAUGAUGUUGCAGGCACUGGAAAAUCAAUCAAGGGUUUCAAUUUUAGAGAUGAACGGAUAAUGAAUGGGCUGUGGGUUAAUGAACCUCAUUCUGAUGUCAUACAGAAGUUCUUUCGGGUUCUAGCCAUCUGUCACACAGCCAUUCCUGAUGGAAAUAAAGAAUCAGGAGACAUUUCUUACGAGGCUGAGUCACCAGAUGAAGCAGCAUUUGUCAUUGCUGCGAAGGAGCUUGGCUUUGAGUUUUUUGACAGGACGCAGACAAGCAUACACUUGCAUGAGCUGGACUAUAAGAGUGGACAAAAGGUUGACAGAGUGUACGAGCUACUUCAAGUCUUAGAGUUCAGUAGUUCCCGUAAAAGAAUGUCAGUGAUCGUAAGAAACAUGGAAAAUCAGUUUUUGCUCCUUUGCAAGGGUGCUGACAGUGUAAUGUUUGAAAGGCUUGCGGAAAAUGGGAGAGAGUUUGAGGCUCAAACCAAGGAUCAUAUUAAUAAGUAUGCUGAAGCGGGUCUGAGAACCUUGGUAAUUGCAUUUCGUGAGCUUGAUAAAGAAGUAUAUAAAAAUUGGGAAGAAAAGUUUAAGAAGGCCAAAACUUCUGUCUCUGAAGAUCGCAAUGUAAUGGUUGAUGCGGCUGCUGAUGAGAUUGAAAGAGAUUUGAUUCUUCUUGGAGCCACAGCUGUUGAGGACAAACUGCAAAAGGGGGUUCCUGAAUGUAUUAACAAGCUCCACCAGGCUGGAAUUAAGAUAUGGGUAUUAACAGGUGAUAAGAUGGAGACAGCAAUUAACAUAGGGUAUGCAUGUAGUUUACUAAGACAGGAUAUGAAGCAAAUUGUGAUCACUCUUGAUUCACCAGAUAUUGUUGCAAUAGAGAAACAAGGGAAUAAAGAGGCCGUGGCAAAGGCUUCUAUGGACUGCAUAAGGAAACAAAUUACAGAUGGAAUUUUACAAAUUCAUUCUACUAGAGAUAGUUGUGACUCUGUUGCAUUUGGUUUAAUAAUUGAUGGAAGGUCCUUGGAAUAUUCACUCAACAAGAAUGUUGAAAAGUCAUUUUUUGAACUUGCUAUCAAUUGUGCUUCGGUCAUAUGCUGUCGCUCUACGCCCAAGCAGAAAGCUCUUGUUACAAGACUGGUAAAAAUGGAAACAGGUAAAACAACACUAUCAGUUGGUGAUGGGGCCAAUGAUGUUGGUAUGCUUCAAGAGGCUGAUAUUGGUGUUGGCAUAAGUGGCGUUGAAGGAAUGCAGGCAGUGAUGGCAAGUGAUUUUUCAAUAGCUCAGUUCCGGUUUUUGGAGCGUCUUUUGCUGGUACACGGGCAUUGGUGCUAUAGGCGCAUAUCUAUGAUGAUAUGCUACUUCUUCUACAAGAACAUAACAUUCGGAUUUACUCUUUUUUGGUUUGAGGCCUAUGCUUCAUUCUCUGGUCAAUCGGCUUACAAUGAUUGGUACAUGUCAUUUUACAACGUAUUCUUCACUUCACUUCCUGUAAUUGCUCUUGGUGUUUUUGACCAGGAUGUUUCUGCAAGACUCUGCCUAAAGUACCCAAUUUUAUAUCAAGAGGGAAUACAGAACAUCCUCUUCAGCUGGCCACGGAUAAUUGGCUGGAUGGUCAACGGAGUUGUCAGCUCUAUAAUCAUCUUCUUCUUCACCACCAACUCUACCAUUUAUCAGGCUUUUCGAAAAGAUGGUCAGGUUGUUGACUUCGAAGUCCUUGGAGUCACAAUGUAUACAUGCGUAGUGUGGGCCGUGAAUUGUCAGAUGGCACUUGCUAUAAACUACUUCACUUGGAUCCAGCACUUCUUCAUCUGGGGAAGCAUUGCCUUUUGGUAUGUGUUCUUAGUAAUAUACGGCUCUCUCCCACCGAUUGUGUCAACAACAUCAUACAAGGUUCUUGUUGAAGCAUGCGCUCCUAGUGCCCUGUACUGGCUAGUUACCCUUUUCGUAGUGAUUUGCACUCUGCUACCUUACUUUUCAUUCAGGGCUUUUCAGGCGAGGUUUCAACCAAUGUACCACGACAUGAUACAACAGAGAGUAUUCGAAUCCCCCCAGACAGAGAAUCUGGAUGACUUGUCACUACCAGUGAGGGGCAAGGUACAGCAUCUAAAGGGAAAAAUGAAACAGAGGGAGUCAUGAAUUAGAAGGUUUUCUUGUCUUUUGUUUUUCUGUAUAUGUUUUCAAAAGUCAUAUGAAGUGUAGUUUGGAGAUAUGAUCUUGUAUACAGAACAACUCCUUUCUUAGAUAGCCAUGUAAAAAGUUCAUGCAUAUAUACGAGAGAAACAAAAAGCAAACUGCAUUUUGUUCGUGCUUUCGCCUGUA